GGUGUAUUUAAACAUACCUGGUGUUAUAAGUUAUAACCCUACUAAAACGCCUUGAAAAGAGUAAAGUAAAGAAGUGAUUUUUACAAUCAAGAAUUCAAGAACUCAACGUGGGGUUAAUGGAUCCUGAUAUAGCUAGAUGGGUUCUUGAUUUUCUUGUAAGACAACCCCUUGAUGAUUCCACUCUAACCUCUCUUCUCACCACUCUACCUCUCUCAAACACCGACACCCAUCUCACAAAGCUCUUGCUUUUGAAGCGAAUCGACUCAGAAAUCUCAAAGAAUGCAGUUUCUGAGAGUGUUUUAGGCCUGUUAGAACAGAUGGAGGAGCUUGAUUACAGGGAACAUGUUGAGAUUAGUGAUUCUAUGAAGAGGGCUUAUUGCAUUGUGGCUGUGGAUUGCACAGUUAGGUUUCUUGAAGAGGGUGAGAAGGGCUUCUAUUUUGAGGCAGUGAAGAGGAUCUGGAGGACCAGGAUUGGUUGUAUGAUGAACUUUGAGAGGGUUGGGUUGGUUUCUGAGGAGUUGGAGAGGUGGAAAGAUGAGAUUGAGAGUGCUGUGUGGGAUGAUGGUGCUUGUAAGGUUUUGUUGGAGAAAUGGGGAGGGCUUGAUGUUGUCGAGAGUGUACGGGUUUACAUUGAGGAAGCUAGGGGAAGGAUCGGGCCUUCAUUUCUUGAGUUGGUCACGGAGAGCUUGAGUGGGGAGGCUGUGAAAGAAGUUUUUGGGAUUGAUAAGAAAGAUAUUCACAAGGAAAAGGUGCAGCGGAAAAGUAAGCCUUCAGCUGUGAAACAACAUAAAAAGUUUAGCUCUAAAACAACAAGAGGAGUCAAAAUUGUUGAUAAUGACGACUUGACUCUAGAACAACAGGAGUCACACAACAAAGAUAGCAGCCUUUCUCCUACUGACGUGGCCAAAUUCCAGGAAGGGCUUCGAACAAGCACAUCAUCUCUAGGGAAAAAGGCUGAGGACCCUUUUCCUGACACUGUAAAUAUAUCCAAGAAUGUUGCGUCUAACAUGGACUCUGUUGAUGGUUGCACUGAGACUGGUAAUCUUGGUAGACUGCACUUACCUAGCCCGAAGGAGAGGGUAGUCUCUCCUCUGAAAAAAUAUGAAAGUCCAAAACCUUUAAGGAGAAGGCGUAGGCUUUGGAGUAACGUGGAGGAGGACACUUUGAGGACAGGAGUCAGGAAGUAUGGUGUAGGAAAUUGGAAGCUCAUCCUGAACAUGUACAGGGACAUAUUUGAUGAUAGGACAGAGGUUGAUUUGAAGGACAAGUGGAGAAAUUUGAUGGCUUGAUCGUGCCUUAGUUAUGCAUUACUGAAACAAGAUAACCUCACUCAGUCAUUACUUGGAUGUAUUUUGUAGUUUUUAUGGGUAAAACUGCUAUAUUUUCGGGCUUUGUGGGUUUUUGUAUGCCGGGUACUUGCUGAUUCUGAUUAGUUGCAUCUCUGUAGUUGUGAAUAUUUGUGUAUGUUAGAUGUAUAUAGUUAUUUUGGUAAAAAGGCUAUGUCAUGGAUAUUCCCAUCUA